CCAACCCAACCCUAAAUAAGCCCCGAUACGAUCAAUUGACAAUAACAUAGUCAAUUCAACAAGUACGCUACCGAACAACUAACGAUGAGGGUGCUUCUCCCCCUCCUGAUGCUGGGCUCCGUCGCCCAUGCGCUCUACUUCUUCCUCGACGGCACGAACGCGAAAUGCUUCUUCGAGGAGCUGCCCAAGGACACACUAGUCCUCGGGCAUUACCAGGCCGAGGAGUGGGAUGACAACACACACGCCUGGGCCAAGCACGACGGCAUCAGCAUCUACAUCUCCGUUAUCGAAAUCUUCGACAACGACCACCAGGUGGUCUCCCAGCGGGGAUCCUCGUCGGGCAAAUUCACCUUCACGGCGGCCGAGUCGGGCGAGCACAAGAUCUGCUUCACGCCGAGCAGCAGCAGCGGGCGCCCGGGCUGGCUUUCGGCCGCGCAGCCCAACGGCGGCAUCAAGCUGACCCUCGACCUCGCCAUUGGCUCCUCCGAGAUCGAGUCCACCGACAAGACCAAGCUCAUGGACAUCUCCCAGCGCAUCCGCGACCUCAACGCCCGCCUCCAGGAUAUCCGCCGCGAGCAAAUCUUCCAGCGCGAACGAGAAGCCGAGUUCCGAGAUCAAUCCGAGUCUACCAACUCACGUGUUGUGCGCUGGAUGACCAUCCAGCUUGUCGUUCUCGGUAUCACAUGCGCCUGGCAGCUGUCUCAUCUCCGGUCUUUCUUCAUCAAGCAGAAGCUUACUUAAGUCCGCGACCAUCGUGUUGUUAUCAGUAGGCAAGGGGAGUUUUGGUUUGUACGAAAGCUGUCACGGUUAACGCAGCUUACGGUAAACGGGAGCAGGAUUACGAAGGCGAUGAUGCUUUGGGUGUUAUAACUAUGGCCGGUCGUUAUGUAUUGAUUACAUUGCCACGUUGGAACGGAAACCGUCUACUACUAGAUGGACUCACUUGUCCUAUUGAAAGA